CGAUCCAGUGGCAAGAUGCAGCCAGUCAACAUUUUUCAUCGUGCUCUUCUCGUUUUGCUGAUAAUCGCUAUCACCAUAUCACUCGCUAAAACAUUGCAACCCGUCAAGCUUCUCGCGGCACGAAAUCGUGCUAUGCUGAGGCGAAUCACCAUUUCUCGUGACGAAAAAUCCAAAGUUUGCUAUGAUUUAGUUGGUUGCUUCGCGGAUCCGCCGCAGCAUUUAUCGAUAAGGCGACCACCUGAGCAUCCUAGAGUGAUUCAAACUAGAUUCUUCCUCUACACGCGCACAGACCGACAAGAUCCGCAAGUCUUGCAAUACGGCGACAAUCAGAAAUCCAUCGUGCAUUCCCAAUUCAACACAAGCAAACCACUCAAAGUACUGAUACACGGUUACAAGGGCAGUGGAAGUGACGCUAGCUUCGUACAUGGCAUAAAUUUACUUCUGGAUACAGUAGACGCAAAUAUCAUCGUCUUGGAUUGGACGAAAGGCGCGGGCACGAGUUACGGAGCUGCGGUGGCGAAUAGCGAACUGGUCGGCCGACAAUUAGCCCUAAUUCUCCUAGACACCGUCAAUUUGGGAAUCAAUGUUAUCGAUAUUCACGUAAUCGGUUUCAGUCUAGGCGCACACGUGGCCGGCUGCGCCUCGGAAGUAUUGAAGAGAAAGAAUCUACUUUUGGGUCGUAUAACCGGUCUCGAUCCGGCGUCGCCGUUCUUCAGGCAUCACCUGUUCAGAGAGAAGUCGAGAAAAUUGGACACCAGCGACGCUCAUCUCGUUGAUGUCAUUCACACCGACGGCUCGCCAGAUUUCGCGGACGGCUUCGGCCUGCUCAAACCGAUUGGGCACAUCGAUUUCUUUCCUAACGGCGGCAGAGAGCAACCCGGUUGUACCGACGUUAAAAAUUCGGUAGUGGUCAGUCAUUUAAACGAGGAAUUACUGGACCGGAAUAUAGCAUGUAGCCAUCUUAGAGCUUGGUUCCUCUUCGUAGAAAGUAUUCGCUCGCAGAAUGAUGAGUGCAAAUUCAUCGCAUGGCCCUGUCCGCACGGAGGAAUAUCUUACGCGAAGGGAAUGUGUUUUCCUAUGGCGUCGACCAAUUGGAAUCAAGAGAUGGGUUACGCGGCUAAUCGCGGACCUUUAGGAAUUUAUUAUUUGGCAACUAAAGCCGAAAGACCAUUUUGCGGUCAACCACUGAGAGCAUCAGUGAUUACAUCCGAAAAUGUUCCAAAGACAUCUGGCGUAUUGCUCUUUAAAAUUAUUCUCGGUAACUCCACGACGCUCUUCAAAAUCCAAUGCACGCUUUACAUGUCCAAUGCCUUCUCAUGUUUCUGGGUUGCUGAGGCGUUUCAACCUUACUUAACAACACGACAUCCCAAAGAAGUGCAUUACACUGUAAUGACAGAGCAACAAUUUCGCGAAUCCAACAUUGAUGUUUCCUCACAAACCAAAAAGAUUGUAGGGACCAUUGGCUUAUUCAAGAGUCAUACAUUAGAGGGAAGCGCAUGGAUAAAGAGACUAUGUGUACACAAAGAGUAUCAAAGAAAGGGUGUAGCAACAUGCUUGCUUAGUGUUGCUGUACAAUUUGCAGCUGACGCAGGCUACAGUUGUGCUAAUUUAGCGUCUUCUGAAUACACGGAAGGGGGUAGAGAAUUGUGCCUUAAAAAGGGUUUUGAAUUGAAGGAAAUGUAUCAUAAAUCGAUUAUAGGAUCAUUUAUAACAAUAUUAAUGUAUGAGUUAAGUUUCGAGAUCAAAUCUGAUGAAGACAAUUUGCCUCCUCAAAACAAAAAAGAACUUCUUAAUCUAAAGUGUCAAUAAUAGAUUUUAAUAGCAUGAUUAAAAUAACGAAUCUGUUGGAAAACUAUUGAGACUGAUGAUUGAGCCUGAUACUAUAUUUUCCAAUAAAGUAAAAUGGUCCAAGUGAUCUUAAUCGCAGUGAUAACUCUAGUAUUACACAAUUUUAUGCAUUAUCUACUAAUAGUGAAAAAUAUUUUCUAUAAAAUAUUUAUCACAUAUUCCAAAUGUAGUAUGGUGCCUUACUUAUAAUAUAAUUUUAUAACGUAAACAGCAAAAAUAAAGAUACAUUUUUCUUA